ACGUAACUCUGGAUCAGAGGGAGCUGCAUGAGAGAGCGCUUGAGUAUAAAACAUAUAAAAUGAAGAAAAAAAGGAACGACAUGGUGGGGUUCUCAAGAGGUGUGUUGUGUUUUUUGUGUGUUUUCACCCAAACUAAUGCAAAUUUCCUUCCUACAGUUGAUAAACUUCGUUACGACGUGUGUGAAGACAUUCCAUUAGAUGUGGUGGCAUUCACUAUAGUUGCAUCGGACCCAGAUAAUGACCCACUGACCUUUUCUCUCGCUGGGAUCAACGCUGGAUUCUUUCAAGUUGAGAGUCACACUGGGAGAGUAAUAGUCAAAAGACAGCUAGAUAAAGAGAGCAAUGAUGUCAUGCCACUUGAUGUUAUUGUCUAUGAUGGCCACAAUACUAUUACAGCGAAAACAAACGUAAUAUUAUUAGAGGCCAACGACAACAGACCCAUAUUUCAAGAGGCUUCAUAUGAUUUCGCGUUUCCAGAAAAUACUGCUGUAGGGUCAUCUCUGUUCACGGUGAAGGCCACUGAUGCAGACACCUCAUUGGCUGGAGUUGUUCAUUACAGCAUUGAUGAAGUUACCCCAAGCUCUGGAAUUGGACUGUUUGACAUCGUAGACAACACCGGUGAAGUCAGAUUAAUUGGAAAUCUGAACUACACAGAGCUGAGCACUUUCUAUCGCUUGAAGAUAAACGCAACUGAUGGUGGAGGUCGUUGUUAUUACAAUGUGACCCAGUACUUCUCAACUAUUGCAUUUUCCUUCAUUACGGUUGAGGACAUCCCAGACCUCGACCCACAGUUUCUUGGUGUUCCCUAUGUGGGGAGGAUUGAAGAGAAUUCUCCUUUGGGCAAGUCCGUGUUUCAAGUGACUGCUGUAGACCAGGACAGAGGAGUCAAUGAUAGAAUCAUCUACAGCAUUGAAGAUGCCACAGUGGAUGGCCUGUUUGAUAUCUCAUCAGAUGAUGGCAUUAUAUCUGUGUUGUCAGAAAUUGACAGAGAGGAAUUUGGUGAUACCGACACUGUAACAUUGACUGUAAAGGCCACUGAAUCCAAUAAGAACAUCCAUGGGGUCCAUGCCAGCACCACAACAAAUGUACUGAUCAACAUCAUUGAUGUCAACGACAACCCACCGCAGUUUUACAAGUGUGGGUUCUCCUGUGUGACCGAAAGUCACUUCACAGCAGAGGUCUCUGAGAACUCACUGGGAUCUAUUUCCAUCAACAUGACAGUCAGAGAUCUUGACAAAAUCUCCAACACUAAACUGACCCUGGGAGGAGCUGACAAGGAUGUGUUUUCUGUUGAGCCGCAGUUCACCAUGUCAGACAGCAUUGUUCAGCUUCUGGUCAGGCAGCCCCAAAAACUGGACUUUGAGAAAACACAGCAAAUGAUUGUAGAAGUGAUUGCCACAGACCAAGGUGAUAUGAGCCUCCACUCCACUGCUACAGUUACUAUCAUCAUCAUGGACACAAAUGACAACAGCCCUGAGUUUCCACAGCCUACAUACAGACUGAAUGUGACUGAGCACUCUGAAGUUGGGACUGUAGUAGCCAACAUUACUGCAGAGGAUCCUGACACCAUGGAUCAAGGCAAGCUCACCUACAGCCUUCUUCCCGACAGCAUACUACUGUAUUUUGAUGUGGAGAAAGACACUGGUGUAGUUCGCGUGAAAGACAAAGCUCUGUUGGACCGUGAGGUCAGAUCUCUGUACUCAGCAACUCUGCAGGCAAGAGACACAGACGAAAAGCCAGGCAGCACAGUGCUUGAGAUCAAUGUGCUGGACAUCAAUGACCAGCCUCCAGUCAUCAGCAGAGACUCUUACCUGGAUUUUGUCAAAGAGGGUGGAACGCUUGAGCUUAAGAUAGAGGCCACUGACGCAGAUGACCCAGACACAGAAAACAGUCAGAUAGUGUUUAGCAUUGAAGACAGCAGGUACAGUGACUUAUUCACAAUCGACCCAAACACUGGUGUGCUAAGAAACAGCAAGGAGCUUGAUCGUGAGGCCCUGGACCCAGAGCUUGGAGGAAGGAUUGAGCUCAAUGUAACUGCCUCUGACAAGGGUAUUCCUCGACUGUCCACCACAGUCCCUGUUAUCAUUAAUGUAGAGGAUGUCAAUGACAAUAUACCAGAGUUUGCAAAGCCAUCUUACCAAUUCUACGUCAAAGAAGGAGAAAAAGGUGCAUUCGUGGGUUCUGUCACUGCUGUGGAUUUGGACCAAACCAGGGAUUUUAACCGCAUUUCAUUCAGCAUUGUUGAUGGAAGCUUUGGCAGCUUCAUCAUACGCACGCUUGCAAUGGAGCCGGGUUACAGGGGGAACAUCACCGUGGACCCUGAAAUUGAGCUGGACUACGAGAGUGAACAUAAGCGGUUCACACUGCGGGUGGAGGCAGUAGAUCUAGAGCAAUCCAGUUCCGAAGUGAUAGUGGUCGUGCAUGUGGAGGACGUGAACGACGAGCGGCCUGAAAUCAUGCGUCCAGAUGCCAUCAGGAUAAAGGAGAACACCACCUACAGCCAGAUUGGGGAGUUUUUGGCACAUGACACAGACGGAAACCACUCACUGGUUUUCCAGCUGAAGUCCAUCCAAUGCAGAUGUAACGGCUCUCUGACACCCUGCAAUUAUGUUACCAUGGAUCCUACAGGGAUGGUCAGUGCAAACCCAGAGAUCACAAUGGACUAUGAACAAUGUGACCAGGUGCUGGUUGAGGCUCAGGUGGUGGAUGAGUACACGGAGAAAGGAGAGAACUACAGUGCUACAACAGAAACAAUGGAGAUCAACAUUGACGACCUCAAUGACAACAUCCCAGAAUUCCUUUUCUCAGAUUCUGUGUUUGUUGUGGUGUCUGAGAGUGCCAGUAAGGGGACAUCUGUAGCAGGAGUCACUGCUACAGACCGGGACUCUGGAAUAAAUCGCCAGAUUGAGUUUGAAGUAACAGCAGUCCAGUUUAAAAACAGCAACAGUCAAACAGACAAGACAAGGCUGCUGUUUGAGGCCGUCACCACACAGCAAAAGGACGUUUAUGUUGGAAUCAUUCAGACUACUGAGGCACUGGAUGUGACACUGAAGGGGAAGUAUUUGGUAACAGUAACAGCAACUGACACCGGUGGCCUUUUCACCAGCACUGUGCUGGAGAUCUUUACAGUAGAUGACUCCUACAGAGUCGAACUUGAGUUUACACCUUCUGAAGAAGAGGUUGAAGAAAAACUCAGCGACAUCAUUAGGGCCCUGACCGCUGCCACCAAGACUGCUGUGGAAAUAGUUUCAAUCAGGCCUAACACAGAUGAAACAUCCAGGGCUUCAAGUGGAACUAUCAUCGUGGUGUAUUUUGUUUACGCCAACGGGACGGCUCUGACCUCUGAUGAUGUGGAAAAGAUGAUCUCUGAUCCUGAUCAUUACUUUGUUCUUGAAGACCUUGGACUUGCAAACAUUGGGACAACUCCUGUCAUCGAAAAAUCAGACCCACUGAUGUACGGCCUGUAUGGCAUGCUGGGAGGCCUCAUCGUCGUGCUGGCUAUCCUCACCACUUCCUUAAUGUGUACACGCAGAAACUUCAAGAGGAAGCUGAAGGCAGCCAAAGCCAUGAAUUCUGCCGCCAUGGUCAAUUCUGAUAACCAGAAAAUUGGUUAUGUGGUGCCCGGAACCAACAAAUACAACAUGGAGGGGGCAAAUCCUGUUCUAAACCUGAACAUUGACUCAACCUUGGUCCUGGACCUGGACCUAGGGGAGGAGGAGAGCUCAGAUGUCGACAAAGUCAGCCUCAACUCCCUUGACUGCAGGGAUGACAUGGCCUUCCCUGAAAAGGACACAAAACCAAUCAUGAACAUGAUCCAGGAGGAGGAGGAGGAGGAGAAUGGUAGCGGACCUCCAGAGUACAUUGAGCCUCUGGGUGCAGUUCUCGCUCAGCGAGGCCAGAAGAGAGGCUCCGAAAAUCCUCGUCUUGGUUAUAGUAACCCUGCAUUCAGCGCCACAGACUUGUGAUGGAAACAACGAAGGCAGACACCCUGCUGGAGGCCUUACAUGGACAGAUUUGCGUCUGUGUAAUCAGGCUGACUAAAUUACUAACAAGGAAGUCUUACUCUCAAAUUGCCUUCUGCUCUUAACUAAAGUGAUAUAUUGUGUUGUGUUUUAAUGGGAUCAUAGAACCCAGAAGUGCUUUCUUCUUUGUCUGAAUGUUGUAUCCAAGGAAAGCUACAAAGAAAACCAAAAUAGAAAAUGUAAAAUAAGAUGUAAAUAUAAUGAUGCUCUGAUCUAUGAAUCUCACAGAUAAAGCUUGAUAAUAUAAUCAAGGACUGUUGAGAACAUUGCUGUGACUCUCAGAUGAAGCUACAACGAGGAUAUAUUAGCUAAGCAUUGUUUGUUUGGUACAAAGAAUAUUAAAACUUUUGAAAGCCCUCGGCCAUCAAGUUUUCUCUGUUACAAGUAUUAAUGCUUAAGGAAGCUGAUGGCCAGCUCGCCGUGCCUUAAUAUCUUGAGCAGAGACAUGUUAGGCAUAUAUUUAAUCCUUCUCAUCAAAUACUUGGCCUGGAAGUACAAAAGUAUAUUUCCAAAUUCAAACUUUUCCUUAAAAUUAACAAUUGGACAGAAGCUAUGGGAAAGUACUAAAUAUGAUUUUGUUGCACAUGUGAAUCACUUUAUUUCUGUAAAUAUAUCAAGUGAUGUUUGAAAACGUGUUUGCUGUGAAAGCAACUUAAACAUAAGUUAUAUAUAACAACAGAAUGGUGAUACAUUUUUUUUAAGCUGAUGCUAUGAGGAAGAAAAUCCAUAAAGAUAAAUUAAAAACCUUGUAGUGCAAAUCUAUCCAUGUAAAUCUUAUGAAUGACUCCAUGUCAGCCAAAAUAAGUGUUUUUUGCAAGUUUGCAAUUUGUUAUUGCCUGCUGUUAGUUUGAGAUACGUGUUGUUGAAAUAGAAUCUUGUGCAAUAAUGUUGUCUCCCUGCAAGCAGCUGAAUCUUUGACUGUUUGACUUUACUGACAUUGAAAUGAAUGUAUCACAAGUGCAAACUGUGAAUAAAAGUAAUUUCUAAAUUGAU